UUUUCAUAUAUAUAUAAAAUACGAACAAAUUAUUGAUUUUUUCUCUACGGUACAAUGGAUCUCAUUUUAUCCGUACUUAGUUGUGCUUUAAUCCUAGCAUUUAAAAUUCCGCUAGUCAUUCUUGCAUAUUUUACGUUUUACUUCUUUAAAAAAGGACAUAAAUCACCAAAUUUAUUUCAACGUAUAUCAGCGACCAUCUUCAAAACUUUUCAAUUAUAUUUACCCCUAUGGCUGAUAAGAAAAUUAUAUAACUCAUGUGGAACAUUGAAAAUAAUCUCUCAUGAACAAAAAAAGCAUUGGGUAAAGAAAUUGGAUGCAAGUAAUGAAAAAAACGGAUGGGAAGGAUAUUUAAUUGCUGAUGAUGUUGAACAUUCAGAAAUAGGAAAGGAUGUUGAUAUGAUUAUUUUAUACGCUCAUGGUGGAGGAUACGUUUGCGGUAACGCUUUAAUAUUCUUAUCUACGUUCAUCGAUUGGAUUAAAGCAUGGAAAUUAAGUUAUGGUGCUAGAACACAAAUCUUGUCUCUAGAAUACAGAUUAGCUCCUGAGUAUUCAUUCCCAGCUUCUAGAGAAAAUUUGGUGGCGUGCUAUCAAUGGCUUGUUAAUGAAAAGAAAAUUAGCCCAUCUAAAAUUACUUUUGCUGGUGAUAGUGCGGGUGGAAAUUUGGUUGUAACUAGUGCUAUACAUCUUGUCAAUCAAUUACACGUAGUUCCUCCAGCCGCUCUUCUUUUAAUAUCUCCUUGCGUAAACGGAUUAACAAGUGCCCAAUCGUUUAUCAGCAAUGAUUCAUUUGAUUGCAUAAAUAUUACUUGGUUCCACCAUUGUCUAGAAUUGUAUCUAGGCGACUCAAAUCUUCCUCCAACUUGUCCAAUGAUUUCUCCUAUAUUCGAAAAUAAACUUUCAGGCUUACCGAAAGUAUGGGCUUGUGUAGGAAGUUAUGAAGUCUUUUUAGACGACGUUAAAUUAUUUAUUGAAAAACUAUUGUCAAAUAACGUAAAAGCAGAAUUGACAAUAGAAGAUGCCAAUAUUCAUGCUUACGCUGUGGAAAAACUAUUAAGUAGAAAUGGUGCUUAUGAUAAUACCAUCAAACGCAUUGGAGAGUUUUUGUAUGGUGAAAAUAUUAAUUAAGUAAUUUCAAGUCUUAAAAAAUUUGCAACGUUGCAAUGUGAAAAAGUAAAUUAAGUAUGUUUCAUAUGAAUGAUAUCUUAAAUUAAAAAAAAAAAAAAUAUUUUUUUUACCAUGUUCUCGAAAAUAUUCUUUAAUAGUUGAAUUUUUUUUUUAUAUUUCUUAAUGACUUGAUUUUGUUUAUAAAGAA